AUGUCGUGGAGAAAUCAAGGCAUUACAGGAUCGAACAACAUCCCCCUCGGUAGCCGCCGGCGUUUCGGCGAUGGCGACGGCGACGCGACACCCGACCGCGACCUGAAGCGUGGCCGCGACCCUGAACCUCGGGGUGCAGAACCGAGCGGCCCUCGCCAACGUAAAAAGCGCAACCGUUGGGGAGAUGCGUCGGAGAAUAAGGCCGCUGGUCUGAUCAACCUCCCUACUGCGAUCACGUCUGCCAUGACUAGUGAACAGCUCGAAGCUUAUACUCUUCAUCUGCGUAUCGAGGAAAUCAGCCAGAAGCUACGAAUCGACGAUGUUGUCCCUGCCGACGGCGAUAGAUCACCUUCGCCUCCGCCGCAGUACGAUAACCAAGGUCGCCGUGUCAACACUCGCGAAUACCGAUACCGAAAGCGCCUCGAAGACGAACGCCACAAGCUCAUCGAGAAGGCCAUGAAGACAAUCCCUAACUACCAUCCACCACAGGACUAUCGUAGACCUACCAAGACGCAGGAGAAGGUCUACGUGCCUGUUAACGACUAUCCAGAGAUUAACUUCAUUGGCUUGCUUAUUGGCCCUCGUGGCAACACUUUGAAGAAGAUGGAGACUGAGUCUGGCGCCAAGAUUGCCAUUCGUGGCAAGGGUUCCGUCAAGGAAGGCAAGGGCCGCUCUGAUGCUGCUCACUCUAGCAAUCAGGAAGAGGAUCUCCACUGCCUGGUCAUGGCUGAUAACGAGGAGAAGAUCAACAAGGCCAAGCAGCUGAUUCACAAUGUCAUCGAGACGGCUGCCUCUACUCCAGAAAACCAGAAUGAGCUCAAGCGCAACCAGCUUCGAGAGCUCGCUGCGCUGAACGGUACUCUGCGAGAUGACGAAAACCAAGCCUGUCAGAACUGUGGUAAGAUUGGCCAUCGUAAAUAUGACUGCCCGGAGAAGCAAAACUACACGGCCAGCAUCAUUUGCAGAGUCUGUGGUAAUGCAGGCCACAUGGCCCGCGACUGCCCUGAUAGACAGAGAGGUGCAAGUUGGCGCAACGACGGCGGCCGUCCUGCCGGUAGAGUCGGCGAUGGUAUGGACCGCGAGUAUGAACAACUUAUGCAAGAACUCGGCGGUGGUUCUGGCCUCCCUGCUCGUAUCGAAGCUGGCCCUGGUGGCGGUGAGGACGGUGAUGUCAAACCAUGGCAGAGAGGAUCGGGUGGCGGUGGAGGUGCUGCACCAUGGCGAACCCGCCGCGACGAUAGAGAUGGCAGUAAUGGCGCCUCGGGUGGCCCCGCGCCUUGGGCCCGUGAUCGCAACCGUGGAAAUGACAACCAUGGCGACAGCUGGCACGACGGAGGUCGUGCCGGUCCAGCUGCGGCUGCUCCUUGGCAACAGCAGCAGCCCGCUGGUGGAUACGGGCAGCCGGAUGGCGGAUACGGAGGCUACGGCGGAUAUGGCGGAUAUGGCGGCGGUGGCUACGGAGCUGCUCCCGGUAUGGCUGCGCCUCCUGGGAUACCGAACGGCGAGCAUGGUCUCGACGCGCCGCCCGGCUUGGCCGGUCUUACCUCGUUGAUUCAACAAUACUCGGGCGGUGCUCCUCCCCCUCCGCCCCCUGGCGAAGGCCCGCCUCCGCCCCCCGGGCCACCGACUGAUCAGCCGCCCCCUCCGCCUCCUCCUCCCGCGUGA